UCUUCUCCAAGAAGGGUGCGUGCAUUCUAUUGUAAUGAACUCAUGUUCUCUGCGAAAAUCAUCUUAUCUCAAACCUAGAAAACCCUUCCGCUACCUAAGCCACUUCUAACCUCUUAUUCUUUAUCCGUCCAUUCCCUGUUAAUCAAUGGCUAUCGCUUUCCCUCGUUUCGUCUGCUCCGAGAGUUCCACCAUUGAGGAAGCUAUCAUGGCUACCUCACCUUCGUCGAUUCCUUCUCCACCUCCACCACCAGUGUUUCUGACUCAGGACGAGUUGAAGCAAAUCGCUGCCUAUAAAGCCGUUGAGUUUGUUGAGUCAGGGAUGGUUUUGGGCCUUGGAACCGGCUCCACGGCCAAGUAUGCAGUAGAGCGUAUAGGCGAGCUUCUGCACCAGGGGAAGUUGAAGGACAUUGUUGGAAUACCCACCUCGAAGCAAACCCAGGAGCAGGCGUUGUCUUUGGGAAUUCCUCUUUCGGAUCUUGAUUCUCAUCCCAUUGUUGAUUUUGCGAUUGACGGUGCGGAUGAGGUUGAUCCUUAUCUCAAUCUUGUCAAGGGCCGAGGUGGGUCCCUUCUCAGGGAGAAAAUGAUCGAGGGCGCGAGCAGGAAGUUUGUAGUUAUUGUCGACGAGUCCAAGAUGGUUCCAUUCUUGGGUGGUAGCCGCCUUGCCAUGCCGGUGGAGAUUGUACCCUUCUGCUGGAAGUUCACGGCAGAGCGAUUGCAGAGUUUGUUUGAAGACGCUGGUUGUGUUGCCAAGCUCAGAACUUGCAAGGAUAGUGACAAGCCGUUCGUGACGGACAAUGCUAAUUUUAUUGUGGAGUUGUAUUUUGAGAAGGAUAUUGGGGAUUUAAAUGCUGCUAGUGAUUCGAUUCUACGACUUCCAGGUGUUGUUGAGCAUGGAAUGUUUCUCAACAUGGCCACAACUGUUAUUAUUGCUGGUGAGCUUGGAGUCACGGUGAAGAACAAGUAGGCUUGGUAGAAGAUUGUUCUCAAUGUAGUAUCCCCAAAAACUAAGGUUUAGAUAGUAGUCCACUUACAUGUUUUGGAAAUUGGUCAAUUUUGGUUGUUGUUGGUCCUCUGAAAUUGUUGGUAUCGCCAAUACUGUCAAAGAGAAGGAUGUUCUUCCCCCAGUAUCAAUUUAAAUAAAUACUGGGACAAUUGUCCUUGGAAUUUUGAU